AAAACGAACUGUCAUGUCUUCAGGUUACAAGCCAACCCACCCAGAGUUGUUCACCGUCGUGUUCGGCGAGGGCGACUUUAGCGCGUUUCUCAAGGCAAACAAGACUUUUGAGGCUGGGGAAGUCAUCGCAAAACUCGAAGGCAUUAGUCUUGGAGUACCGAUCGCAUACACCACAGUACAAUGCGGACCGUCUGCCAAAGACCACCUCGAGCUGAACUCUGAUUUACGGUAUGCCAACCACUCAUGCGAGCCGAACACCGAUUGGGAUUUGUCCUCGCCUAAGCCUGCUGACUGGCACGUUCGCGCAAGGAAGCGGAUCGAAGCUGGUGACAGCAUUACUUUCUUCUACCCCUGCACCGAAUGGGACAUGGUUCAGCCAUUCGACUGUCACUGUGGUGCACCCACUUGUUUACGGACUAUUCAAGGCGCAAAGUACCUUGAUACUAAAGAAGUGACUUCGCGUGCAUUCACCAACCCUUGGAUCCUUCAGUCAUUGAAGAAGAGAGACGCAUCGAACUGAAUACCUCGGACAGGUUUCAGUCACGCUGAAGGAAAAUUGUCCGAGGCGUCUCGAGAAAGCUUUGUAAACUUGACAGGCACAUGUUCUUGCAAUGGUGUCAUGGGGCAGAGCGUUCCCAGGAUUGAGCUGAAACCUGUAGAGGUAACGUUGAGGUAGCAGUGCUCACGCACGUUCAUGUCGCAACGUAAAAAUAACGAAGAAGACAUAAUCUUUGC